UUAAUUUACCUGUCCCAACGCAAAUCAACCAUUUCCGUGCUUAUGUCUGAAAACGUACUUGUAGACUUAGCUUGACAUAACCUCCAUACCCACCACCACAGCUCUUCUUUCGUCUGCUUCUCCCUCAAGAACAACAAAUCUUAGCUGUCCGCCAUGGCUCCCCUCCUAUCAGGUUGCUAGGAAUGUGAAGAGAAAAUUUGGCUGAGCUGGCCAUGGCUCAAUCAUUCAUCAUGGAGUCCUGCAACUGCAUUGAACCACAGUGGCCUGCUGAUGAAUUGUUGAUGAAGUACCAGUACAUUUCAGAUUUCUUUAUUGCUCUUGCCUAUUUUUCGAUCCCUUUGGAGCUGAUAUACUUUGUCAAGAAAUCUGCAGUUUUUCCAUACAGAUGGGUCCUUGUUCAGUUUGGUGCUUUCAUAGUAUUGUGUGGAGCUACUCAUCUUAUUAACCUGUGGACUUUUACCAUGCAUUCAAGAACUGUGGCAGUCGUAAUGACUACAGCCAAGGUUCUAACAGCCGCAGUGUCCUGUGCAACAGCCCUUAUGCUGGUACACAUAAUUCCUGAUUUAUUGAGCGUUAAAACCAGAGAGCUCUUCUUGAAAAACAAGGCUGCAGAGCUGGAUAGGGAGAUGGGCCUGAUUCGUACGCAGGAAGAGACAGGUCGACAUGUUAGGAUGUUGACCCAUGAGAUAAGGAGCACUCUUGACAGGCAUACUAUUCUAAGAACCACCCUGGUUGAACUAGGGAGAACUUUGGCCUUGGAAGAGUGUGCUUUGUGGAUGCCAACCCGUACAGGGUUAGAACUUCAACUUUCAUACACACUUCGACAGCAGAAUCCAGUUGGUUAUACUGUACCCAUUCAUCUUCCUGUUAUAAAUCAAGUCUUUGGUAGCAACCGUGCAUUAAAAAUUUCGCCAAAUUCCCCAGUGGCAAGGCUACGGCCUAUUGCUGGAAAGUAUGUCCCUGGGGAAGUUGUUGCUGUACGAGUCCCACUUCUUCAUCUUUCCAACUUCCAAAUUAAUGACUGGCCAGAGCUUUCAACAAAGCGCUAUGCUUUGAUGGUCUUGAUGCUUCCCUCAGAUAGUGCAAGGCAGUGGCAUGUUCAUGAGUUAGAGCUGGUUGAAGUAGUUGCUGAUCAGGUUGCAGUAGCUCUUUCACAUGCUGCUAUAUUGGAAGAAUCAAUGAGAGCUAGGGAUCUUCUAUUUGAGCAGAAUGUUGCACUUGAUCUAGCUAGGAGGGAAGCUGAAACUGCUAUUCGUGCUCGCAAUGAUUUCUUGGCUGUUAUGAACCAUGAGAUGAGAACUCCUAUGCAUGCAAUUAUUGCACUGUCUUCCUUGCUGCAGGAAACUGAAUUGACUCCAGAACAACGCCUGAUGGUUGAAACAAUACUAAAGAGCAGUAAUCUUCUGGCUACUCUUAUAAAUGAUGUAUUAGAUCUUUCAAGGCUUGAAGAUGGCAGCCUUCAACUCGAAAAAGGAACCUUUAACCUUCAUUCUGUAUUUAAAGAGGUCCUUAACUUAAUAAAGCCUGUUGCAUCUGUCAAAAAAUUAUUGGUUACGUUGAAUUUAGCUUCAGAUGUGCCAGUAUAUGCGGUGGGUGAUGAAAAACGCCUUAUGCAAACCAUUUUAAAUGUUUCUGGUAAUGCGGUAAAGUUCUCAAAGGAGGGCAGCAUUUCAAUAGCAGCUUCUGUUGUAAAAUCAGAAUCUUUAAGAGAGUAUCGAACUGCAGAAUUUUUUCCGGUACCAAGUGAUGGUCACUUUUACUUGCGUGUACAGGUAAAAGAUAUGGGAUCAGGAAUUAGCCCCCAGGAUAUGCCUAAGCUAUUCACGAAAUUCACACAGACUCAACCAUUAGCCACUCGAAAUUCUGGUGGCAGUGGACUUGGACUAGCAAUCUGCAAGAGGUUUGUGAAUCUAAUGGAUGGAAGUAUAUGGGUUGAUAGUGAUGGUCUUGGCAAGGGAUGUACAGCCAGUUUCAUUGUCAAACUUGGAUUUCCAGAGCGACCUCAUGAAACUAAGAUGUCUUUUAUGCCUAAGGUGCAAGGCAAUCAUAUCCAGGCCAACUUUGCAGGGCUGAAAGUUCUUGUUAUGGAUGAUAAUGGGGUAGGCAGGUCAGUGACGAAGGGACUUCUUAUGCACCUCGGAUGUGAUGUAACAACUGUUGGAUCUAGUGAUGAGUGCGUACGUGCUGUUUCUCAGGAACACAGAGUGGUAUUCUUAGAUGUGAGCAUGGAUUGUUAUGAACUUGCCAGCCACAUACGUGAAAGAUUUGGAAAACGCCAGGACAGACCACUAGUAGUAGCACUAACGGGGAACACAGACAAGGCAACAAAAGAUAACUGCAUUAGAUUUGGUCUGGAUGGUGUCAUUCUUAAACCUGUUUCAGUUGAUAAAAUGAGGAAUGUUCUUGCAGAAUUACUAGAGCAUUGAGUUUUAUUCGAGGCCAUGUAAGUGCUAGGAGGAUGACUCAUAGAAAGGGUCCCAAAGAGAAAAAAAAUCCGGCUGCAAGGUAAUGCCAGCUUGUUGGAAGCAAUUUUUGCGGUCAGUGUACAUAGCACAUGGCAUUGCAGUAAUUUAUGGAAGAUGAAGUGGUAGUGCAAUAUUUCAACCCUUAAAGGGAUUUUCUAUUACCUUUGAUAUGCGUCUUAUAGAAAUUAUUGAGGAGACUGCAUCGAUGGAAUUGUAGCAAGGAACCCCCUUUCGCUAAAGUAAGACUGUUUGGUAAUUUGUAAAACUAAUUUUCCAUGAAUGAUUUCAUUUUGAUGAAAAUAUUAAUGGUUGUGAAAAUGUCAAAAGGAUCAUUGAACUUUCA